UCAUUUGUGAGAGAGAGAGAGUGUUUCUGCAGAUGUGGGCGUGCACAAGCAAGGGGGGAAAUGUGGGUGUGAGUACGGACAUGGACAGGGCCAGGGAGAGAGUAACCUACUUUCAGAACUAUUGGGUACAUGGUCCUACUUGGGUACUUGGUUCUGAUUAGACAUGACGUACCUGUAGGAUCGACGUCCCAAAUUCCACAACAAGAAUAAGAAGGUCCCCUGUGUAUCAGGACCGUUCCAGCCCAGUGGCGUCGUCACCAGCACAGACGAUACCAUAUCAACAGACCGACCUGCUGAAUACUGACUGUUAUAAACUGUUCUAGUCCAGACUGUUGUUUCAAGUCAACAGAGCCAGCCAAUUGGCAGUCUACCCGUCUCAUCAUGGCAACAAUGGAGCCUGUGGCCAACCGACAGAGCUCAGCUGACUCAUUGGACGAGUGGGCCAGCGAGGUUUGGGGCAUGGAGGAGGGCGAAAUGGACCCUCCUCCUCACCCGUUGGUCAAACAGGCACCCAGGGCAAAGUCAGAAGACCUGGGGUCAGAAUCUCCAGAUGCUCCAAAGCCUAGACCCCAAGUGUCUCCCUCAAGUGAGAACCUUACAGACUCAACAAACAAAAUGGCAGAAGUGGUUCCUAAAAUGGAGCAGGAGGCACUUUCUGGGGUAAAUCAGGUGCCUAGUAGUAGAAUUCAGGUGGGUGAUAGUGAAUUGAAACGAGACCUUAAAAUGAUAGAUGACAAUCACUGUGAGAAGGAGGAAGAUGCCGCUGCUUUUCGGUCGCCUCUUGCCUGCACUGGCCAAGCCUCACCUGCAGAGGGCGCUCCAGAGACCCAGCCACGUGCAUUGGAGGAGGAAGAAGAAGAAGAGGAGACCAUUGACUGUAUCAGUGAUGGUAAGGUGGAGGUGAUCUCUAACUCUGUAGAGGAGGAAAUGUCAUCAUCUGACAGCCAGGGUAGCCAGGAGUGGCCUUCGAGAUCUCACCUUGAUGACGUUGUGGAGGAAGACAAAGAAGAAGAAGAUGGUGCCAAGGAAGACAAAGUAGAGGAGUUUCAGUCUGUUGAGAUGAUGGAAAAUGGCGCUGUGCGGUUGGAGUUGAAUCCAGCUAGUAGUGAAUUUGAGCAGAGGCUGUCAGAGACGGUGUGUGCUACUGAGAAGGCUUCUGUAGAAGGGGGUCCUGUUGAAACUAGCAGUAGCCCCCAUCAGUGCAGCCACCUAGUAGACCUGGCUCAGCCCCCGGGUGUAGUUACACCAGACAAACAGCAGGGGGAGCAGUUGUUACGAAAUGUCACUGCUGCUCUGACGCAUCAUAGUAACCAGGAAGUGGCAGCACAACAGGUGUUCAAGGGAGCAACUCUGGCUCCGCCCCUGGCGACAGUCGCCAAGGAGCCAGCUAAUCAGAGUGACAGCGGCGUAUCUGCCGACUUCUCCCCUGGUAGUACUGUGGAGCUCCAAACCACCACCUCCACCCCCACCCUCACCUCGCCUCCGGCCGACGAGACCCCCAUCGAGAGGGAGAUCCGUCGGGCAGUGCAACGUGAGCAGUCCCUCAGGAGAUCCAGGGGCCUCCACAACAAUCCUCCCACCCAGGAAUAUGUGGACAUCCCCCCUAAGGAAGUCAAUCUUGACUGA